CAGCCAGGCAGGUAAAGCAAGACAUUCCACUAGUCAGUCCUGUGAUACUGUACACACAAUACAGACUCUCAGCGGAAGAUGGACACACUAAGACUACUCUUUUUCCUGCUCAGUGUUUUAGGCCCUGGUGGAGGCACAUUGCUGUUUGUUGGACUACCUAAUGCAACUACAUUACCAGAAAACCAACCAGCAGGAACCCUGGUAUACACAUUCUCUGUGAAUUCCACAUCCACCUUAUCUACAACUCCUGUGAUAAUAAACAGUAAUCCUCUUACCAAAGCAUUCACAAUUAAUUCCAACCCUCCUACAUUUUAUGUUUAUACUACAGGCAGUGUUCCACUCGAUUUUGAAACAACACCCAGCAGUUUUGAUUUACAGAUUUACAUGGUAGAUGCAACACGUGCCACCAAUCUGCAAACCUUAACUGUGAGGCUGACUGAUGUUAAUGAACCUCCUGUGUUCCAGGACAACCUAGCAAAUCAAGUUGUAAUGCUUUAUAUCACGGAAGGAACUCCAAGUGGUAUAAUUUAUCAAGUUCAAGCAUCUGAUCCUGAAACUGCAACUGCUGCACUAACGUACUCACUGACUCCUUCUUCGGAUCCGUUUUCUGUCUCUUCAACUGGAGUUGUACAGUCUACAAAAAUAUUUGAUUAUGAAACUGACCCACACAGUUACUCAUUGACUGUGGAAGUGACGGAUACGGGCGGACUGUCAGUGAAUGGAAGUCUGGUAGUCACAAUAACAAACAUUAAUGAUGAAACACCAUACUUCACAAUAACAAAUACAACAUUUUCCAUUCCUGAGGAGCAGAGUGCAGGAACUAUUCUCACCACUAUAACUGCUGUGGAUCCAGAUGAUGUUGGUUUCGUUAGUACACUCUACUAUUACAUCAAUACACCAAACCAGUACUUUACAAUAAAUCAGUUGACUGGUGUGAUUCAAAUCGCCAUGAGAAUAGAUCGUGAUAAUAUACCAUUAAGGCUUCUUGGCACUAUUUCUUUAGACAUCAAAGUGAGUGACCGACCAAGUGCUGGCCAGUCAAACUACACAACUCUAACCAUCUAUAUUGAAGAUCUAAAUGACAACCCUCCAGUGUGCACCCCGUAUGCAGACAGCAAAUAUGUACCUGAAACUCAAGCAAAUGGCAGCCUUAUAAUAGAUCUUACUAAUUACUGCACAGAUAUUGAUGUUGAUCCCCAAAACAAUGCAUUCAACUUUACAGGACUUUCUGGACUAGGAAGCAAUCAACUAUUUCAACUAAUCCCGUCUGGAUCUGGAAUGAUAGUGUUGAUAGGUAGCCUGGACUUUGAGAACCCAAGUAAUUUAGCUGUUGGCAAUGAAUAUAGUUUAAGAGUUUCAGUGGAGGACAUUGCCUUUCCAAAUUACAAACAGAAUAUUUUUGUUUAUGUGAAAACAAUACCGAUCAACGAAUAUCCUCCCGUUUUCAAUAGCUCUUCUUAUGUGUUCAAUAUUUCAGAAAUCAUUCCACCUGGAUCAAUAAUUGGCUAUACCUAUGCUACAGACAAAGACUACCCCUUUACUGGGAUCACGUACACAAUUGUCAGUGGUGGCAGUACUUUGUCUUCUACUAACAUUUUCUGGAUUAAUCCAACUACAGGGGUUCUGGAGCUUGCUAAUUAUGCAGAUUAUGAGGCCACACCACAAUAUAAAUUUACAGUACAAGCUACAGAUUCUGGAUCCCUGUUUUCUACAGCUUCUGUGACAGUAAAUGUAUAUGAAGCAAAUGAUGAAAAGCCCAUAUGUACACCAAACUCAUACACAUUGUAUGUACCUGUGGAUCAAGUAACAGGAACAAACAUUCAGAAUUUCAAGUUGACUUGUACAGAUCGUGAUUCUGGGCCCAGCUCAUUCAUCUACUCUAUUAAUUCAGGCAAUGUAAACAACCAUUUUGCUUUCUCACCUUCUGCUGGUACCAACAUAACAAGUCUGGUUCUUGCUCUUCCAUUUGAUUACUCUGGAGGUGGAGACACUACUUGGAAUUAUAACCUGAGGGUUUACAUCUCAGAUGGCAAUUUACUACCUCCAGGAACAACAGGGCUUGUUCAGACUGGGACUGCGACUUUAUAUAUUUAUGUUUAUAUUCCUGGACUGACCACUACCACAACAACUACUACACCUAGCAUUAUAUUUGUUGACAAAAGUGAAAAUGUGUAUUCACCGACUGCAUGGUACGUGCCAUUCAUAAUCACACUUGGCUGUUUGCUUCUACUUGGCUUCAUUGGAUUUAUAAGUUACCUUCUUGCAAAACACUGCCCCUGUAGAAGCAGCCCCAAGCCAGACACCGACCCAUUUGUCAUGUUCUUUUCCAGAAUACAACCUACAGAAAAGAAAAGGGUUAAGACAGAUACUUUCUGGGAAAUGACCAAGGUCAACACUGUCUUUGAUGGAGAAGCACUAGACCCAGUUACAGGUAGUAUCUAUGAAUAUAAUUCCAAGUCUGGAGCCAGAAGAUGGAAGGAUACAAAGCAGCCAAUAAACCCAGACCCUGCAUCUCAGAAAACGGCAGUUAGCCCCCCUGAACAAACAUCCCCUCCAGCAACUGUAAGUGGUACCCCAAGUAAGAAGGAGAAACCGCCCAGUACUGCAGACAAAGCAGAAGUGAAGAACGCUGCUAAACCUUUAACACCAAACAGACUUCAAACACCUGAUAAAACAGCAGUCAACAUGGAGUAUGAAAAUAAAGGUCCACCCAGCAGGCCUCUGCUGUCUCCAAAACUCUCCCCAAAAGUAUCUCCUAAACUGCCCAAAACUCCAGUCUAGUGAAAUAAACAUUGUAUAAAACAAUAUACCUCAGUGCAUUAAUCAAUAUACAAAAUGCUCUCACGACCAGCAUUGCUCCAGCUGCUGCUAAACUAAGAUGAUGGAAUAAGCAGUGAAUGUGAUAUAUCAUGCACGAUUGCAGCUCUGAGUGCUGUAUGUGCCAGUUUUUUGUUACUUGUAUAUAUAUAUGAAUGGCACAAUACCGGGUUUUAUAUUUACAAAUAUAUGAGUCUGAAUAUAUUUAUAAUUAAGAUGAAUUGCAUAAAUUUGUGUUCAUUUGUGUGAUCUCGAGAUAAUAAAUAAUAAAGCAGUAUAAGAAGUGUG